CAAUAUUCCGCUGUGUUAAAAUAGGGUAGGCAGGCCAACUCAAAGCUGGCAAGUUUGACUCCCGCUGAGGACGUCGGCCUUCAGCGUGGGCGUGACAGCUGCAGGCCGACGUCCUCCUUGUGUACCACCAGAUACUCGCGCUCAAAGCUGCUCACCCGAAUGCGGUCUCGGGCGAGGUGGUCGUCAAGGUCGCGGAAAACGCGCAGCUGGCGAUGUCAGCAGGUGCCAACGGACGUAACGUGGACAUGGCGCGCUUUGAGGGCAUGUUCAAGGACUUCAAGGCUGAGCUCAUGGGGACCCUCAAGGAGACCACGGACUGCGUUAAGAAGCUGGAGGCGAGCCAGCAGCAGCUCAACGUGAGCGUGCAGCGGCUGGAGGCGCAGGUGGCAGCUAGCAGCCACAACGCCUACGCGCGAGUGUGCAACAGCCGGGCCGGCGCCACCGAGCCACUGGAGCCGCUCGUGCGGGAGAAGGCGCCCUCGCAGGCCACCGACCCGGCGGUGGGAAGCCGCCCGCCGGGCGGCUGCUUCCCGGCGACCCGAAACGAUGUCCUGCAGCUCAAGCACGAGGCGUUCAAAGUGCUGGCGGCCUUCUACGGCAAUGACUUCGGGGGCAAGAACGCGAUCCUUCCUGCUCGCUGCCGCUGCUUCGGUGACUUCAUUGGCGUGACGGGCCUGUGAGAGUCAUAUGGUACCUAUGUAGGUGUAGCAACGCUUCAUACUUCUGUGUAUUCCGUGCAUUCCGUCUUAGAUGUAUGAAACAGGCUACGUGUUAAAGGCUGGACGCUCAGAGGGCAGGGAGUGGAUGUUCCAGCACCUAGGGAGUUAGGGAGUGGUGUACAUUAAGUGUGGCUUCGUAUACCGCAGCAGAAAUAAAAGCGCGAUGCGGAGUGGUCGUAGCCGAGUGUAUGUGUGUCCAGGGUGUGUAGAUUUUUGUUAUCGACGACGCCCCCAGAUCACCCCGGUGCGGCGUGCGUGGCUGCGUCGGCAAAAAGUAUCAUACUGGCACACACCGCGACUGCCGCGUAUUAGUAUUUGCUAUUGCCUAUUGCAUGUAAAUAGGCGGCAGCGAGAAGUGCCUUCGCGCGUCCAUGGACAAAUGACUGCUUGACGACCUGGGUGAGGAACGCGCAUGUGCGGGGGUGGCCGGGCACUGGGGACGGAUAGAUAGACAGGUUGACGGUUGGGCCAGCUCAUGUGCGCUCUCUUCUUCCUCCCUGUUCCCCAUCUCCAGAACCGCGACGUCUCCGCCGCCAACGUGAUCCGUGUGCUCCUCCUGCUGAAGCUGAUGGGUUUUGAGCGGCCGACCAAGCUGCAGCGGCCACCAUGGCCGGCGGCGGCGGCGGGGCAAGGCUGAGAGCCUGAACGGCGUUAGCAGGGCGUGUGGCUGAGGGGGGCACGUGUUGAUUGGCGGUGGUGACGUGACUAGUUUGUUAGCUGUGGGCACUGUGCACCCAACCCAACCGGCCACGUCCGGCAUUGUGGGGAUGGCAUAGGCCCCCAACAUAGAUGCGUGUGCUUAGUAGGCGCCGUGUCAGGUGGCUGGUGGCCGUUGCCCCCAGGAGGGGAGGGCUCAGCCCUUUUCCUGCCCUAAAAGGCAGACACCUUGUUAUUAUCGCAACUGGAAACAUUACUGUCAGGUAAUAUUGCAGGUGCGGCAUACUAGGGAUUUGCUGGAUUGCGCUGCAGUGGUACGGAUCCUGUUACAGACGGUGGUGGUGAGAGUUUCAAGAGUGUGGGCAUGAACGAAGGUGUGAGGUGCUAGUUUGCUUGAGCCUUGGGAAAGCGGUUGUUUAGCGGUGUCAUGGUGUCACAAAGCACCAGUCGCCGUACGUGCAAUGAUUCAUCUGACACGAAGUCGAACUGAGGAGAUUGCCCGCAGACGCACCCGCUAUCAGGUUCAUUGAUACAUCCUCAUUUGCUCUUGGAUUUUAUUAACAAAAACUGACGGUGUUUAAGCACAACAGCACACAAGAAUGGUGCCGUUCCCGCCUACUUGUGUGGUGAGGCGCCGAUGAGGGACCGUUGGAUGCUGCCAGGGGGCGAACUGGGUAGGAUUCGUGGCCACGCCGGGGGGCUCUCUCUCGGGGGGCUUUUGAAAACAUAAACUGCUGAUGCUGUUGAUAUCGGUUUGUCACAGGGUGACCGGGUCAGAGUGGAACAUCGACUGAGUGGUCCCAUUGCUUCUUUCGACCGCGCCGCUGGGUCGCCGUAGUGGGGGCCGGUGAGGAGGUGAAGUUUGUGAUCAACCUUAAACACACACACGCC